GUGGAUGGCAUGGGGCAGUCAAUCGAGCGGAUGGACUGGACGCUGCAACGCCAACACCACGACAUGACGGCGUUCUUUCGCGGCGUCAACUACGUCCCGCCGCCCUUUGACAGCACCUUCCUCGGCCAAAACUAUGAAGGCGAGGACGAGGAGGAUAACUCCUAUGCACCAUCCUCCUCCCCCGACGAGGCCGAUUUUGAGGACGCGGUCGACGAGGAUCCCAUGGACGUUGAGGACGACGAAGAAGACGAUGACUCCUAUGCACCAUCCUUCUCCAAUUCCUGCAUAAAGAUUUAUAGAAGAAGAACCCAUGAUCGCUUUACUCUCAAACGGUUACGUUUGGACGCAAUUGAGAGUAAGAUCUUUCAUUUUCAGGUUUCCGAUGUUAUCUCAGUUACACAGUCCAAAAACGGUAAAGGUCAUUCCCUCACUAUCUCAUCUUGUACUGCUGUAUGGUUAAUCGAAGCUUUAAAUCACCCUCCUCUAGCAAGGGAAGGGUGGAAUAUUACAAGAUAUGAAGACCAAUCAGCAACAAAAUUCUCAUGGGAAUCAAACAGCUUUGGGAGUUUUGUCAAAAUCUCUUCAGGAAACGAGAAGAACCUCAAGCAUCUUUUCAUUCCUGUGGGUUUUAACUCAGAGGGAAUAAAGCUCUUUGUCAACACUCUAAUAGAAGUGGAUUUUGAGACAGGAACUAGGCUAGUGGAUGAGGGUUGGAAAUGCUCUAGUAACUGCCUACCUACUGGAAUGCUAGAAGAAGAGAGUAAGGAAUCUGGAUAUAAACAUCUUGUUGACUCUCUGAUGGAAAAAGAACUGGAACACAGGAAACACAUUCCUGAUGAAGUGCCCCAUAUUGACCAGGAAAGCCUGAAGAUAAUAGAUCAAGUUAUCAGGGAUAACCGUAACCUUUUUCGCAGAUCAGUUGCAAACAAAAGAUUUUUCGAAUCUCUUAAUAAGGGUGAGAUAAUAAGCUUUUCAGGGGAAGCCAUUAUGGUCACUAGAGAAUCAAUGAAGAGUUCUGAAUUCAUCGAUGCUGCUACAUUUCAGGGAGCAAAAUAUCCGGUUUUCUUAGCUUAUGCAAAACAGGAUAUGCAGGCAGUGCUCAAUCAUCUAUGUGGUGUUCAAGAAUGAAUGGGGGACAUUUUAGCCUUGAAUGCAACCUUCUUCUUGGCCAAUUACGAUCUUUGCCAAAGGAACGAAUCGGUUCACAAAAGUAAAUUUUCUCUGCGCCUAUCAAAGGAAACCCCAAAAAUUAAGUCGUCUCCUCAAAUCCGAGCCCGAGAAACUCUCGAAAUUUUGCUGAUUCCCUCUCUCUAUUAGGUCUUCUCGCUUAAUUAAGAUCCAAAACACCAAAAAUUGAGAUUCAAAGGUGAGAUUCAAGAUUCGAUGUGAAAAUUUUCAUCGGCACUACUCAUUGCUGCUUGGAAUGACCCAAGAGCAUCAACAACGGAGGUAAAAGCUCACACCUUUGGGUAAGAUAUAAGCAUGGAAACAGGAUGCGCCUUCUGAUUCUGUUCUAGAAUCAUUGUAAAAAGUACAAAGCAGGAUUUUGGUGCUCCACAUGGAGGUACAAAGUAGAAUGCUCACCUUCAUCUACUCAUAAUUGUACCGUAAAAAGUGUCUGACAAAACCUCCAUCUUUUAUAUUCGAAUUUGAUUGCAUAAAUGGGGUUCUUCAUAAUCACAAGGUCAGUAUGUUAUUCUCUAUUACUCCUCUCAUUUUCCUUAUUCUUUCAUUUGUUUCAUCCCAACUAGUUUUCAUAAAUAAACUUUCAUUCUUUAGUUGUUGAUGUUAUUUGAGUAUCAACAAACUAACUUUUUUUCUUUUAUGAGAAAGGGAGAUUAGAUGAGAGUUGCAUCGAAGUAAGUGUCGUACUCUUUAGGUUUUUCCAAAUGCUUACUGUACAUUAAACAUUCAAUAUUCAAAGCAGGUAAUGAAUUGGAAUCGAGAUAAUAUAUAUAUUCAUACAUGUCAUUGAUGUUCAUGUUCAAAAGGGUAAUCUCUUUUAAUCAAAUCUAAUUUCCUUCAAUUGAAGUAAAUAAGUUUCAUAUAUUGACGAAAAUGUUGCUCAAAUGUAUGUUAUGUGUACUCUUAAUUAUGAAAGCUGAUUAAAGUGUUUUGAUGCUCGCAGGAUAUUUUGCAAAAUUCUUUAUAAACAUAUAUUUAACUGUCAGGUGUAGAUAAAAAAAGGCGGUGAUUUCUUGAUGUUAUUUAAUGUUUUUUGCUUUUAAUUACAACUCCCCAACUAAUUUGGAGCUUCUAUUUUUUGUGAUAAAUAUUUUAAAAUGCU